CACAUAAGAUGGUGAAGGAGGGAAAGCCCAAUAAGGUGGAUUGGGCAGGGCUGAUGUGGGCUUUGGUGGAGAAGGAGAUUUUGGGGGCGCCGGAGAGUGGUAGUUGUUAUUAUGCUUCGCAUUUGCAGUGUUUGAUGAAAUUCCAGAAGCCGAGGUUGUUUGAGGAGAUGGAGGUUGAAGGGGAGGCGGAGGUGGAGCAGUCGGAGGCGGCUACUAUGGAGGAGGCUGAGGAGGGCGGGGAUGUGGGAAGCGAGAAAUGUGGGCCCGGGUUGAGCUUGGGCAUUGCUGAAGAUGGUGAAGAGAGUAAGAAAGUCGAAAAAGAGGAGGAGCAUCCGAUUUUGGAUGGAAAAGAUACAGGUGAAGAGCAUUGUGAAGAAUUGAGUACAGAAGAGCAUUGCUUGAGAGAAGACGGCUUGAACUGUACUUUGGGGGCUUCAAGUAAAGAAGAGCAAAAUGAGGGAGAAAGAAGGGAAGUUGACAGCUUGUGUAAGGAAGAAGAAGAUGAGGGUAAAAAGGUGGACACUUUGUUUGAUGAUGUGCUUGCCACAGCGAAAUUCCCGACUCUAGAGAGGAUAACUUCGUCAGAUUUUAUGCAAGUAAUGGAUACCAAUAAUAGCCUCUCGUUUGGUCUUGAUCAGUCAAAUGGAGAGUUUUUGGGUCUGGGGAGUGAUAUGCACGGCAAGAGCAUGGAGCUCGACAUGGGAAAUAGUAGUGGUUCUUUCUUAUUUGGCAAUGAAAGUAAAAGACCUGUUGAUGAAAUUGAUGAUCAAGAUAAUGGGUACCCCCAGAGCCUUCAGCAGAAAAGACCUCGAAAUGAUCAGCCUUGGGAGCAAACUCCAACCAUCGCAGGCUUUGAUGGAUGCAUUGAACAACUUCACCUCACAAUGGGGAGAGCUAGGAUGGAUCUAGUUGAAAAAGAGCAGGCUUGCAUUAAUGUCCAAGCACAAGUCCAAUGCUUGAGCGGAGUGGUACAACAGAAGGAUGCGCGGAUUCAGUCUUUAGAGAAGACAACUAUGGAAGAGAUGCAGAAGAGACAGAUUGAGGCUAACCGAUUUAAUCAUGACCUUAGAACUUUAAGCAGUGUACUGUUUGGUUGCAAGAGAGCUUUGAAGGACACUCAAAUUGCAUUUGCUGAGUACAGAAAGAAAUUUCCAUUGGAUAGUGAGCAGCCUAGAGAGUGUAACAAGGAAGACACUGAUGAUUUAUGUGAUAAGGGAUUGAAAAAACCUUGUUCAGAGAAAGAGAAGGAAAUGCGUCAAUGUGUUUGGAAGAUGAUUAAUGAUGAAAAUAGGAGUUGGUGCGACAAGUUUCACAAGUAUUCUACCUCAGUCUCUGCGCUUGCUACUAGAUUGGUGGGGGUUAAUGAACAAUUGAAACUUCUUAAGGGAAGGAUGGCCGAAGCCAAGGAUCACCGUAUUUGAUAAACAUGUGCCGUUGUUCUUCAUUAUGAACAUUGCAGCACAACCAUCAAGCUGAGAUCAAUUUGGAAGUAUCAUCCACAUCUAGUAUGAUGUAUACAUGAUACUAAAAACCAAUUGGGCGGACCACAUCAGGUAACACCGAAGGAUACAUGAGGAAAAAAGUGACAAAGGGAUCAUGAUCUCCAGUUCAUAACCAAGUCACCAGAAGAACAACCAGAGUCAUCACUCAAGCAUGUCUAUGAAUGUGCCUUAAAGAAGUUGUCCUACAUUAAGCUAUAACCCCCUUGCACUUUCAUAUUAGAGUACAAAUCUCUCAACCUCUUCGCAAACACGAAGGACGAACGCAAGGGACAUUUUGAAGUAGUAAUAAUUAAUAUGACUUGGAAUUUUAGUCCUGCCUACUAACUUUAUCUGGAAUCAUUUUGAUUGAACAAUGUAAGGACGCAGAUACUGCUUGCAAUGAGUUGAUCUAUCCUGGAGAUGUCAACUGAAAGAUGUAUAUAGCUACUUUCUUAGGAGAUGUUCCGCUCAAAUAAGGAUACGUGUUUAUUUUUAAGCAUAAUUUAAAGCUGGUAGAAUACAGCGGGUAAAUGGGAUAAAGAAACCAGCAGGCAACUUUGGGUACAAGUGAUCAUGAAGCCCAUCAAGAUUCGAGCAAUUUGAAGAAGUCAGAGCCUCUUCAAGUCAUCUUUAACACUUAAACAACAGUUAAGAGCCUCUUUUGGGGGGUCAGAAAAAUUUCCUACGACUUGUUUCUGAUAUGCACAUGAACAUAGGAUUUGGAACCCAAUGCUCAACUGCAUGCGUGCAUGCUCAAUCAUUAACAAAGAGACGCUUUGUAGCAAAAAGUACUAGUUUU